AUGGCGCCGGCAGGAGGCAUAUUUGCCCCCUUAGCCAUGGGGGCACUCAAACGUGCCUUCAAAAAGACGUCCAAUUUGAUAAAGAUUCGUUUUGCGGAAAUAUCACCAACUAGUAAACUACGACCAGUUCUUGUGCGAAACUCUCCCCGACAUCCUCUACAUCCAGUCGCAGCUCUUCGUCAAAGUAAGGGAAGAUGGUAUACGACCCACAGCACUACCAAUGCGGCAGGCCGUCGAUUCAUGAGCAGUGGCCCGGCUCCAGGAACAAGAAUCAACCGAGCAGCUUUCCCCAAAUCCAUAACGGCUACCGCUGUUUCAAGAUUGACAACACGGGCUCCAUUCUCAUCGACUCUUCGACCCAACCUUACAGGAGGAACGCUUCCAAGAACCUCUGGUGGUUAUAGCUUGGGAGGAAGUCGCCCUGGCGGAGCUCGUUAUUUCUCGCAUGGUCCAGCAGCACCAGCUCAAGUUGUGAACAAUGUAUCCGCGGCUGUCCGAGCUUUCUGGCUCUCUGGUCACAAGGCUCAAUUUGAUGGCAUGAAUCCUGCUGGGGAGAAGAAAUACCGUGGCAUCAGCACUCUUCAGGACAAGAUCACCCAAAAGAUGCAGUCAAUCCCCAGAGCUUCACCAGGCUCCUACAUCGAUUUCUACGUCAACCCAAAAGUAACUGCCCUUUCCCCCCCGGGUGCCGCUUUUGGCUCUAAAUUGCCCGUUGCCGAGACCAAUCUCAAUACAGAGGGCUUCUUGGAUGUCCUCUCCGUCGACUUCGCUCGCGUCUUGAAGGAUCUUGCUGCUACCAUGAAUGACCUGAAACGAUUAUCAAGUUUUGGUGAUCUCCCGAUCACGUUAGAACAGAAAUCUAUCCUCCGGGUCCGUUUCCCGGGAUGUGACGCCGAGUCCGUAGAGCGACUAUGCGAUGAAGUUGGAGUCCAGCGAGGUAUUAUUUGCCAAGAUGAAGAAUUUAACGACAGUGCGGGAGCACAAAUGGCCCUAUUGUUCCCAUAUGCACCAGCUUCGGAACAUACUCUUUCAUCGCCAGGCGGCUCCCUUCGAUCCCAAACUGGCAAUGAGCUUGAACAUGAAUACGAGUACGAUGAUUUCCAAGAGGACAUCAUCGAGAACCCAUGGGUCGAAGGCUACGAGAGCCUCGAGGACUCCAGUGACGGCGAGUCUGUGUAUUUCAGCAAGCAAAGCUCGCCACACGACUCAUCCGACUACGAAGGACUAGAAGGAAUAUACCGAUUUCUGGAGCAAUGCGACAAUAAUCGACGGAUCUAG